GGUGGUGUGUUCUCUGGGGUUUCUUGUUCGUGGGAGUUGGGAGGGAUCUCUCGCGAGCUCUUGCUCCGGAGAGGCAUGGGUUCUUGCUCGCCGGAUGACCUGGUGAUCAAGUCGCCGGCUGAUCGGCGGUUGUAUCGAGUUCUCCAUCUCGCAAAUGGCCUCACUGCGCUACUUGUACACGAUCCGGAGAUCUACCCUGAUGGUGACGACUCUGGUGAUCGGGAUGGAGGCUCUGAUGAGGAAAUGGUGGAAGGGGAUGAGGAGUAUGAUGAUGAUGAUGAUGAUGAUGAUGAUGAUGGCGGUGAUGAUGAUGAUGGAGAGGACUUCGAUGAGGAGGAGGAGGAGGAGGAGCCCCGGGAUCCCAAGAAGAGAAAGAAGGGCGAUUCGCGUACUAAGAAGGCUGCUGCAGCAAUGUGUGUUGGAAUGGGUAGCUUCUCAGACCCUCCUAAAGCACAAGGCCUUGCCCAUUUUUUAGAACACAUGCUUUUCAUGGGGAGCCUUGGAUUUCCUGAUGAAAAUGAGUAUGACAGUUAUUUGUCCAAACAUGGCGGUUCAUCAAAUGCUUUCACAGAAACUGAGUUUACCUGCUAUUACUUUGAAGUUAACCGUGAAUAUCUUAAGGGAGCUCUGCAAAGAUUUUCACAGUUCUUCAUUUCGCCAUUAGUUAAGGUGGAGGCUAUGGAACGUGAAGUGCAAGCAGUUGAUUCAGAAUUUAACCAAGUAUUACAAAGUGAUAGUUGUCGUCUUCUCCAACUACAUUGCCAUACGGCUUCUCCAGAUCACCCCUUUAAUAGAUUCUACUGGGGAAAUAAGAAAAGCUUGGUUGAUGCCAUGGAAAGUGGUGUUAACCUGCGGGAAGAAAUUUUGCAAUUAUACAGACAGAAUUAUCAUGGUGGAGUAAUGAAGUUAGUGGUGAUUGGGGGAGAGUCCCUUGACAUCCUACAGGAUUGGGUAACAGAGCUUUUCUGUAAUGUGAAGUCUGGUCAAUCUGUGAGUACCAUUUAUAGAAAUGACUUGCCUACUUGGAAGGCAGGUAAACUUUAUCGGUUGGAGGCAGUUAAAGAUGUUCAUGUUUUGGAUUUAACUUGGACUUUACCUUGUCUCCACAAAGAAUAUCUAAAAAAGCCAGAAGAUUACUUGGCACAUCUCAUGGGACAUGAGGGCAAAGGCAGUUUGCUUUAUUUUCUGAAAGCUAAAGGAUGGGCAACUGCAUUGUCAGCUGGAGUUGGUGAGGAAGGAAUGCGCCGAUCUUCUAUAGCGUACAUCUUUGUGAUGUCUAUACAUCUCACUGAUGCAGGCUUAGAUAUGCUUUAUGAGGUUAUUGGAGCUGUUUAUCAGUACAUUAAGUUACUGCAACAAUCUUCUCCACAAGAGUGCAUAUUUAAGGAGCUCCAGGAUAUUGCAAAUAUGGAGUUCAGAUACUCUGAGGAGCUUCGGCAAGAUGAAUAUGCCUCAGAACUUGCAGAAAAUCUGUUUUUUUAUUCUGAAGAACAUGUCAUCUAUGGGGAUUAUGCUUUUGAACAAUGGGCCCCAGAAUUGAUAGAUCAUGUUUUGAGCUUUUUCUCUCCAGAAAACAUGAGGAUUGACGUACUAUCAAAAUCUUUUGAUAAACAAUCACAAGUCAUUCAGCAUGAACCAUGGUUUGGAUCACAAUAUAUUGAAGAAGAUCUUCCAGAAUCACUCUUCAAACUUUGGAGCAAUCCUCCAAAUAUAGAUCCUUCACUCCAUUUGCCUUCAAAAAAUGAGUUUAUUGCCCGUGACUUUUCUCUUCGCAAUGCAAAUGCAAAUAAAAAUCUUGCUGGUGGAGAUCAUCCUAAAUGCAUAAUUGACAAACCAUUUAUAAAACUCUGGUACAAGAUUGAUACAACUUUCAAUGUUCCACGAGCAAAUGCAUACUUCUUGAUAGCGCUGAAGGAUGGGUAUCACACCUCUAAGAAUUCUGUUUUGGCUGAACUGUUUAUGAAUCUUUUGAAGGAUGAGCUGAAUGAUAUUCUCUAUCAGGCUGGUGUGGCCAAGCUGGAUACAUCUUUAUCAAUUAUUGCUGACAAGCUUGAGCUAAAGCUGUAUGGUUUCAAUGACAAACUAUCUAUUUUACUAUCAAAAAUAUUGUCUCUGUGUAGAUCCUUUUCACCGAAGCCUGAUCGUUUUGAGGUUAUCAAAGAAGAUAUGGAGAGAGCUUUCAGAAAUACCAAUAUGAAGCCAUUGAGUCAUGCUUUGUACUUGAGGCUGCAAAUCUUGAGAGAGACCUUCUGGGAUAUAGAUGAUAGACUUUCCUGCCUUGCAGGCAUAUCUCUUCCUGACUUGCUAGCCUUCGUUCCGAACCUUUUAUCUCAGUUGCAUAUUGAAGGCCUCUGCCAUGGGAAUUUAUCAGAAGAGGAAGUCAAAGCUAUAGCAGAUAUCUUUGCGAAUGCGUUUCUUGUUCAGCCUUUACCAAUGGAAUUGAGGCAUCAGGGACGGGUUCUUUGCCUCCCAUCUGCUGCAAAGCUUAUGCGGAAUGUACGUGUAAAGAAUGAGCUGGAAGUGAAUUCUGUCAUUGAGCUUUAUUUUCAAAUAGAGCAAGACAUAGGAAAUGAAGCUACAAGAUUAAGAGCUAUUACAGAUCUUUUCAGCAGUGUUAUUGAUGAGCCAUACUUCAAUCAGCUAAGGACAAAGGAGCAACUUGGGUAUGUUGUUGAAUGUGGUCCAAGAAUGACAUACCGUGUCUUAGGAUUUUGUUUUCGCGUUCAAUCAUCUGAAUAUAGCCCUCUAUAUUUGCACGAAAGGGUAUGCCACUUCAUCAGUGGGGUGCAAGAGCUACUGGAUGGGCUUGACGAUGAAUCAUUUGAGCAUCAUAGAAGUGGGUUGAUAGCGGAGAAACUGGAGAAAGAACCAUCACUUGCCUGUGAGACUGGUAACUAUUGGACUCAAAUUGUCGAUAAAAGGUAUCAAUUUGAUAUGUUGAAACUGGAAGCGGAGGAGAUCAAAACAAUUCAGAAAACUGAUGUUGUUAAAUGGUAUAAUACAUACCUGAGACCGUCAUCCCCUAAAUGUCGUCAGCUAGCUAUUCAUGUUUGGGGCUGCAAUACAAACCUUGAAGAAGCCCAAAUCCCAGCAAAUUCCUGGCAACUUAUUGAAGACAUUGCUUCUUUCAAGUCUUCAUCUGAGUUUUAUCCAUUCCUCUGUUGAGUCCAGGAACUCAAAUACAGGCCCUUGAGAGAAAUAUUAUUUACCCAAACUCCAAAAGUUCUGUUGUUUGAAGUUGUUUUGCAGGUAUUUGUUUCAAAUAUCAUUCUUUCGUAUCAAAUAUGUAGAUGUGAUCUUGCCAUUCUUGUUUCUAUUAUUGUGCUAGUUACCACAAUAAACAUGCUUAGCUUUACUGUAGACCUUUUCUUCUGUAUCACUGGAAUUGUUAUCUGAUUUUGGUACAAAUUCUCUUGUGAUUCAGGGAUUGUUACAUGUUGUCCCCUUGAAACUUUUGAAAGUAAUGUUAUCUUCUUAAUUUAGAUUUUUUAUCAAA